AUGGAGAAGACGUACUCACUAACUGCCCACUAUGAUGAGUUCCAGGAAGUGAAAUACGGCAGUCGCUACAGCAGUGACAUACUCAGCAAUGGCAUGACCCUUCACCUGGGGGGCAGCCUGGACCGUCAUAUGGGGCGUACCCGGGGAGGGACAUUGUCCAACGGACGAAACAAAGACAUAAGCAGCACCAGCAGCAGCGGAGGGCUUCCUCGAUGGAGCCGAAGGGAGAUCUGCCUCCUCUCUGCACUGGUCUUUGCAGCAGGCAUGUGCGUCAUCUUGGGCAGCAUGUUGGCACUCAAGUACAUUUCUCUGGACGCCCAGCAGGACCCACAGUGCCGACAGGACUGCCAACGCAAGCGUUCUCUUCUGCGGGCGGCACGCUUCGUCCAGGCCAAUAUUGACCCAACCAUCCAACCUUGCCAGGACUUCUACUCUUUCGCCUGUGGCGGCUGGCUGAGGCGCCACGGUAUCCCCGAGGACAAGCUCAGCUACGGCAUAAUCACCGCCAUAGGAGAGCACAAUGAGGAGAAACUACAGCGCCUCCUACUGGAGCCGAUACGAAGACAUGGCGCCGACUCAGCAGAGCGCAAGGUCAAGGAGUUCUAUCGGUCCUGUGUCAACAUCCAGGAGCUCGACAAGCUGGGUUCUGACCCCAUGACGGAUGUGAUAGACAGCUGUGGGGGGUGGGACCUGGUGGGGUCUCCUCCCGGUGCUCCCGGGUGGGAGAGAGAGGGCGCCCCGCAGAGGCCGGACUUCAAUGAGCUUCUGUACAGGACCCAGGGGGUGUACAGCACCGCCGUCUUCUUCUCCCUCACUGUCAAUGUGGACGACAAAAACUCCUCCAGGAAUGCAAUCAGGAUUGAUCAGGAGGGGCUCACGCUGCCUGAGAGAAGCCUCUACCUGGGACAGGAUGAGGACAGUGUGAAGAUCUUGGCGGCGUACAAGGCUCUGAUGGAGCGCUUGCUGAGCAUGCUGGGAGCCCACAACGCCACUCAGAAGUCCAAGGAGAUUAUACAGCUGGAGACGCGUCUGGCCAAUAUCACUGUGUCAGAAUAUGAUGACCAAAGAAAGGACAUCAGCACCAUGUAUAACCGCAUCACCCUGAGGCAGCUACAGAACAUUGCUCCCAGUCUGCACUGGAAACGCCUGCUGGACAGAAUCUUCCACGACAACAUAUCCGAAGACGCAGAGAUCGUGGUGCUCGCCACCGAUUACAUUCAGAAAGUCUCCGACAUCAUUAAGUCCACUUCGCAGAGGGUUCUCCAUAACUACAUGCUGUGGCGCAUUGUGGCGGCGCUAAGCGAACACCUGUCCACCGCCUUCCGCAGCACCAUCCACGAGUUUUCUCGGGAGAUCGACGGCACCGAGCAGCAGCUGGAGCUCGGCCGGCUCUGCCUCACUCAGGCCAACAAACACUUCGGCAUGGCCCUGGGAGCCCUGUUCGUCCAGCAGCACUUCUCUUCACAGAGCAAGGCCAAGGUACAGGAGCUGGUUGAGGACAUAAAGCACUCGCUGGACCUCCGGCUGCAGGAGCUGGACUGGAUGGACGAAGCCACCAAGGAGGCAGCCAGAGCAAAGCUGAAGCACAUGAUGGUGAUGACAGGAUACCCAGACUUCCUGCUCAAACCGGAGCUCAUAGAUCAAGAAUACGGGUUUGAUGUGGACGAGAAGACCUAUUUCAAAAACAUCCUCAACAGCAUCAAGUUCAACAUCAAGAUGUCCGUGAAGAAGAUCCGUGAAGAAGUGGACAAGACGGCGUGGCUUCUCCCCCCACAGGCUCUUAAUGCCUACUACCUCCCUAACAAGAAUCAAAUGGUGUUUCCUGCCGGCAUCCUUCAGCCCACUCUCUACAACCCUGAGUUCCCCCAGUCUCUGAACUAUGGAGGAAUAGGAGCGAUCAUUGGCCAUGAGCUCACACAUGGAUAUGAUGACUGGGGGGGCCAGUACGACCGCCAUGGCAAUCUCAAACAGUGGUGGACAGAGGAGUCCUACAGAAAGUUCCAGAAGAAGGCUGAAUGUAUCGUCAAGCUCUACGAUAACUUCACCGUUUAUAACCAGAAGGUGAACGGCCGGCUGACGCUGGGGGAGAACAUCGCAGACAUGGGAGGACUCAAGCUGUCAUACUAUGCGUAUCAGAAGUGGGUGAGGGAGCACGGUCCGGAGAGGCCCCUGCCCGGCCUCAAGUACACACACGAGCAGCUGGUCUUCAUUGCCUUUGCUCAGAACUGGUGCAUGAAGAGAAGGUCUCAGUCCAUCUACCUGCAGCUGCUGACUGACAAACACGCACCGGAGCAUUACAGAGUGAUCGGCAGUGUUUCCCAGUUUGACGAGUUUGCCCGUGUUUUCCACUGCCCGAAGCGUUCCCCUAUGAACCCGGAGGACAAAUGCUCCGUAUGGUGACCCCCCCCGCCCCGCCUGUCGCCCCCCGGGAUGAACUUCACCUCCACAUCAGGUGCAGCAGGAUGCUGCAGCGUGCAUAAAGCCUUCUCUUGCCUAUAAAGGAUACGGCGAGAAAACGUAUCUUCUCAACAUUAUCAGCUUUUCUUUUCAAAUAGGACGUUUCUCCAUCGUCACGUCACCAACUGUCAUGUCAUGGUCACGUGACCAACCGUCAUGUCACGUGACCAACCGUCAUGUCACGUGACCAACCGUCAUGUCACGUGACCAACCGUCAUGUCACGUGACCAACCGUCAACCGUCAUGACACGUGACCAACCGUCAUGACACGUGACCAACCGUCAUGUCACGUGACCAACUGUCAUGUCACAUGACCAACCGUCAACCGUCAUGUCACCUGACCAACCGUCAACCAUCAUGAUACGUGACCAACCGUCAUGUCACGUGACCAACCGUCAACCGUCAUGUCCAUAUCAUCUGAUUAUAUAUAUUUUUAUAUGUUUAAAUUCACUUUCAAAUCAUGUAUUUUUCUAUUUUAGCAGAUAUACGCGUAGAACUCAUUUCCUUUUUAAUUAAGCAACAUGUUUCCUCAAAGUGUCUCUUCUCUGUAACAUCAAGUAGAAACACGUUCACAUCAUCAGAGUUCAGACUGACGGUGAUUUCAGUCCCUGAGAUCCGUAGCAUCCUCGUGCCUGCAGAACGCCGUUUCCUUCAGUUCGGUGUUUGGAGUUUGAUUUGUGUCGCGACGCUGCGCUCUGGUGGCUGCAGGGAGCGACUGUUGUAUCGUUUGCCUGCAUUGGUCUCUUGUUACUGUGAGUGUUUGUACGGUUUUUAAGAUGUGGCAACCUUUUUUAAAGAAGAAGACGAAGAAGAAGACGAAGAAGAAGGUGGAUGUUUUUUCUCAGGAUUUGUAGCAAAGUGCAGCGGCACACUGAGGAUCUUUGCGUCUCCAGUCAGCUCUUCAGCCUACGAUCACAAAGGAAAGUUUACGUCUCAAACGUUGGAUGAAAAAGAGAAUUCAUUAUAAUAGGAGCAGCUUGGAGAAGCCUUUCUACUGCACACACACACUCUGCUCUUGGAUUAUUCACAUCUGUGAUGAACUGUGACUGAGCAGGUCACAUGACACAUUACAUUCACAGUUAACGCACCACUGACGAGCCAUGGUAGGUGGUGAAUCAUUUGUACACGGUGUAAUUAAAAAAAAAUACUUUUGUAUAAACAAACUGUGAAAAAACAAGAAGAAAAGAGUGUUUGUACAGUGCAGAAGUAUAUCACAUGUUAUGGUUGUUUUGAUGAGUGCAUGUUUCCCUCCAUCAUUAAACUUAUUAAUGCUGCUAUCUCCGUUUACUGUUGGAAUAAAUACAAAGAUCAC